UUUGUUAAUUUUGCUACUAUCACAGAGGAAGUGUCUGCAAGGAUAGUCCAAGUAGUAACAGCUGAAGCUGUAGCAGUCCUGAAAGGUGAACAGGAAAAAGAAGCCCGGCACAAAGAUCAGCCUGGACCAUUACCUUUAGCAGUUGAAGAAUCAGCUAAUCUGCCUCCUUCCCCACCUCCAUCACCAGCCUCAGAACAGACUGGAACACUGGCAGAAGAAGAAGAAACAGUAGAGAGUCCAAUGGCUGAGGAAGCGAAACCAGCAGUUCUUCCUGGAAAGGAGCUGGGGAAAGACAAUGGGUCUGCUGAGCCUUCAGAGCAGGCAGAGGGCCAGCUGGAUUCUGGUUCGGAGGCCAAAGUGUAUCGUGAAGACAGUGUGCUAAGUGUGUCACCCAGCGGGAAAAGCAUAACAGUUGUCGAGGAGGUGCCCCUGAAAGCAAAUAUACCUUCCUUGGCUGAGGAAGAUUUACUUACAGCCUCGAAGAUGGAAAUCCGUGACCAGGAGGGCACAGGCCCUUUCACAGCUGAGCCAUUAGACACAAAGGAUCGUGAGUCAGAGAAAGACAGUAAGACUGAUGAGCAAUCUAAACAUGAUGCCUUAGUUCCACAGCCAGCAAAAACUGAGACUCUAGAUAAAAAGGAGUCACGGGGCAAAGAAGAGGAGAAAACGCAUCCAACUGUGUCGGGACAGACUUUGGAUGCAGAUCUGCAAAAGAAAGGGGAAAUAAGUUUUGCAGACCCAGGUGCUGAUUCAACUGCAGAGUCUCUUGUAUCUCAAGGACGCAGGGACUUGUCAGCUGACCUGCCGAAGGAGAGUAAAACAGAUGGAAGGAGUACAGAUACCCAGAUACCAUCUAACCAGGCUAUACCCCUGACAUAUAAAGAUGACUUUACAGAAACCCAGAAGAGUAAUCUUGCUCUUUUGCCUUCAGAAUCUAGAAUUGACGUGUCUGGUGCUGCCAAAAGUGAACCUCUUUCAGAAACUCCAAUGACUGUCUCACAGAAAUCACAACUUGAAGACAGUUGCAAAACAAAACAAGAGUUCCCUGACAAAGAGACUGCCAAAGAUCUUUCGAAAGAUGAAAAGAUCCACAAAGACAAAACAGAAAAGCCAGAGGCAGGAGAAGUCUCUGCAAUGGCUGCAGAUGCCCCCAAACCAACUACAGAGGAAAGACCCAUCCAGAAAGUUUCUACCUGGGGGGAAGAAAAGGACAUGACAAGGGACGAGAGUGAUGAGGAGGAAAGAUACGGCUUCCUGGAUUGGCAGCCCUCCAAAGUAUUAGAUGAUAGUAAACUUUAUGUGGAGCAAGAAGAUAAAAUAGUUGUUCCAGACAAAGCAGUUGUUAGUGAAGCUAAAAAGUCAUCUGAUGGUCUCAAAGCAGAAGAAGAGACUGAUCGAACUGGGGUCUCAACAGUAGUAGAUGCCAAAAAGGAAGAGCAGCAGAGCACAGAAACCCCCAUUGGCAAGUUAAGCCAUGAAUCAGUUCCUGAGAAAGCAAAAGAACCUAUAGAUACAGUUCAGUUAUCUAAAACACCAGAAAAAGCUCCUGAUGCACCAAGGUUAACAAGUGAAAAGGGCCCAACUCAUGAACUUCGUCAAGACAGAACCAUUGAAAAGGAUGCUAAGGAGGAUACAUUCCAUAUCUCAGAUUCAGCUACUCAUGAAAUACAGGUAGAGGAGGAUAGGUCAGGAAUGUCAAAGUAUUUUGAAACAUCUGCUUUGAAAGAGGAAGCAACAAAAAGUGACACACAGCAGCAAGGCAGUGAUUACUAUGAACUAAGUGACACUAAGGAAAGUGCAUAUGAACUUUAUCAUGCAGAUCCUCUACUAUCUAAAAAGGAAGACAAAAAAUUAGAGCCAGAAACGGAUCAACCAUCCAGUGUCCCUGCUCAUGAAAUAGGAUAUAGUACUCUUGCUCAGAGUUUUCCAUCAGAUAAGUCUGAGGAACCUAGCUCUCCGCAGGAAAGGAUGUUCACUAUUGAUCCCAAAGUGUAUGGGGAUAAGAGACAAAUCCAUAGUAAAAAUAAAGAUGAUUUGACUCUAAGCAGGAGCUUAGGACUUGGAGGAAGAUCUGCAAUAGAACAGCGGAGUAUGUCAAUUAACCUGCCAAUGUCCUGUCUAGAUUCUAUAGCACUAGGAUUCAGCUUUGGCCGUGCUCAGGAUCUCUCUCCCCUCGCUUCAGAUAUUCUAACAAACACUAGUGGGAGCAUGGAUGAAGGUGAUGAUUACUUGCCAGCAACCACCCCGGCAUUAGAGAGAGCCCCCUGUUUCCCUAUAGAUAGCACAGAAGAAGAUGAAAACAUUGAGGAGGAAAAAGCAAUGGAAGAAGAAAAUAUUCAGGUUGAAUCCUUGUGUGAGUCGCCCUUCCUGGCUAAAGAUUAUUACAAAAAUGGGUCUGUAAUGGCCCCUGACUUGCCUGAAAUGUUAGACCUAGCAGGCACAAGGUCUAGAUUAGCUUCUGUGAGUGCUGAUACAGAGGUGGCACGAAGAAAAUCGGUUCCUUCUGAUGCUGCUGUAGAAGACAGUGGUGCGUCCCUGCCUCCUGUGACUGAUGAAAACCACAUAACUCUAAAAGCUGAAAGUCAGCUAGAAGACUUAGGCUACUGCGUUUUCAAUAAGUACACAGUCCCACUACCUUCUCCAGUCCAGGACAGCGAGAGCCUAACAGGUGAAAUCUGCCCCUUUUAUGAAGGCAGGGAUGAAAAAAUGAGAAGAGGACUGGCAGCUGACCUCUCUUUGAUAGAAGUGAAGUUGGCAGCAGCUGAAAAGUCUAAAGAAGAAUUCAGCAGCGAAAAAGACUUGAGUCCAAACAUCUCCAGUGAUGCAACAGUUCUGGGAAGGGAGUUUGAGCAGGAGAAAAAAGGCUCUGAUAAGCUAGAUACCGUGCUAGAAAAAAGUGAGGAACAAGUUGAUUCCAAAGAAAUCUAUUCCCUUGAAUAUACAAAACAUGAGAAAAAAAGGCCUGAUGCUAUUUUAGAAAUGAAAGAAGAAGGUACAGUUGAUAAACUUCCUGUAGCCGGGCUGGAGAGUGAUACUGCAUAUGACAAAGUGUUAGAAAAAGAGGUAACAAAAGAAAAAGAUCUUGUUUCUUUACUGACUCAGAAGGAAGAAAACUCUCUUAGCAUUAUACCAAAGGUAGCUGAGAUAGAAACACCACACAGGCCAGACUACGAUGCUAUAAAACACGAUAUGGAUGUUGCUGCCAGGAGAGCUGACCAGGAAUACCAGACCCAGCUACAUACUGAGAUCAGUGAGUUUGCUGCAGCUGGUUCAAAGCAGGACACAGAUUCUAUACAAAAAGCAGAGCCCGAAGCCCAAGAAUCUCAGCAGCAGCAAAAGGACCUGGCCUCUUUGCCCAAAGAACCAAAGGAGGCAGAUGUUCUUUCAAGAACUGAGCCUAGUGAAAUGAAGGACAGCACCAAACUAUCUGAGUCUGAAAUUAAGGAGAAAGUGCCUAAGCCUGAUCUGGUGCAUCAGGAAGCAGUAGAUAAAGAAGAAUCUUACGAGUCUAGCGGAGAACAUGAUCAAAUCCAGGAAGACGUAAAUGGAGAAUCUUUGAAACCUGAUGACCGCAAAAUAGAACCUCAGAAACUACCUGUAUCAGAUGAAGAGAUUACAUCACAAUUGCCAGUGGAAGAACCUUCCAUCGAGCUUGCCAUUUCAAAACCUGAUUCUCUGCAAGAAGAGACAGCUGAUAUCCAAAUGGAGAGCAUACCACAGCCUAAAGAAGAAAUUAAAGAGACGACUCCAGACAUAGCUGUGAGACCUGCAGAAACCACGGAGCAGCUACCAUGUGAUUUAACACCUGAGUCUGUAAAAGGCAAAGAGCAUGAAGAAAAAGAUGAAGAAAAAGAAGAAGAUGAUGAUAAGCAUCAACUCGUGUCAGACAUGCACCAAGAAAUAAAGUUGGAGGCACCUGCUGGAGAAGAGGCUCCGACUGAGGCUGGCCCAGAGGAAAUGCCUGAACUGAAAGGAGUUAUUGAGUCUGUUGUGACAAUUGAGGAUGACUUCAUCACGGUGGUGCAGAUGACUGUGGAUGAGGGCGAAUCUGCCUCUCACAGCGUACGCUUUGCUGCCGCACAGCAGGAAGAAAUGGAAAGAAGGGACUCCCUGCCUGAAGAGGAAGUGGAGAUGGAGAUGGAGGAACCCGCUGACAUCCAGGCAGAGCCCACAGAGGGCUCGCUGGAAGCUCCCGCUUCACCUGAGAAGGAGGAGAUCCUGCUAACCGAUUACAAGACAGAGACAUAUGAUGAUUACAAAGAUGAAACAACUAUCGAUGACUCCGUCAUGGACACGGACAGCCUGUGGGCAGAUACUCAAGAUGAUGAUAGGAGCAUCAUGACAGAACAGUUAGAGACUGUUCCUAAAGAGGAGAAAGCAGAGAGAGAAUUGCGAAGAUCAUCUCUCGAUAAGCAUAAAAAAGAGAAACCUUUUAAAACUGGGAGAGGCAGGAUUUCUACUCCUGAAAGAAAAAUAGCUAAAAAGGAACCUAGCACACUCUCCAGAGAUGAAGUGAGAAGGAAAAAAGCAGUGUAUAAGAAAGCUGAACUUGCUAAAAAAUCUGAAGUUCAGGCCCACUCUCCCUCCAGGAAAAUCAUUUUAAAACCUGCUAUCAAAUAUACUAGACCAACUCAUCUCUCCUGUGUUAAACGGAAGCAGACAGCGGCAGGUGGUGAAACAAACCAGGCUCCAGGUGUAUUUAAACAAGCAAAGGAAAAACUUUCAGAUGGAAUAACCAAGAGUCCAGAAAAGCGUUCCUCUCUACCAAGACCUUCCUCCAUCCUCCCCACUCGGAGAGGUAUAUCAGGAGACCGGGACAGAGAUGAGAAUUCUUUCUCCCUCAAUAGCUCCAUCUCCUCUUCAGUACGACGGACUACCCGAUCGGAGCCAAUUCGCAGCAGGACAGGAAAGAGUGGCACUUCUACGCCCACUACCCCUGGAUCCACUGCCAUCACUCCUGGUACCCCACCCAGCUACUCCUCCCGUACCCCAGGCACUCCUGGGACCCCAAGCUAUUCCAGAACCCCUCAUACUCCAGGCACUCCCAAGUCUGCUAUAUUGGUGCCCACUGAGAAGAAAGUCGCCAUCAUACGCACUCCUCCAAAAUCUCCAGCCACACCUAAGCAACUACGACUUAUUAACCAGCCUCUGCCGGACCUCAAGAAUGUCAGGUCCAAAAUUGGAUCGACAGACAACAUCCGGUACCAGCCAAAAGGGGGACAGGUUAGAAUUUUAAACAAGAAGAUCGAUUUUAGCGAUAUUCAGUCCAGAUGUGGUUCCAAGGAUAACAUCAAACAUUCUGCAGGGGGAGGAAAUAUACAAAUUGUAACCAAGAAAAUAGAUCUGAGCCAUGUCACUUCCAAAUGUGGCUCCCUGAAGAACAUCCGUCACAGACCAGGUGGGGGACGUGUGAAAAUUGAGAGUGUGAAACUGGAUUUCAAAGAAAAAGCUCACGCUAAAGUUGGUUCCCUUGAAAAUGCCCACCAUACACCUGGAGGUGGCAAUAUCAAGAUUGACAGCCAGAAGCUAAACUUCAGAGAGCAUGCUAAAGCCCGUGUAGAUCACGGGGCCGAGAUCAUUACGCAGUCACCAGGCAGGUCCAGCGUGCCUUCACCGCGCAGACUCAGCAACGUCUCGUCCUCUGGAAGCAUCAACCUGCUGGAAUCCCCUCAGCUUGCUACCCUCGCUGAAGAUGUCACGGCCGCCCUUGCUAAGCAGGGCUUAUGAAUUUGCUCCAUUUAGCAGUGUAUGAAGUAAUAAUAUUUAGACAUGAGCUCUUGGCAGGAAUGGGCUCUGAGCAGGUGUUACAUUCAUUCUUUACCAUGUCUAAAAUUAAGUCACAUCCCAAGACUGUAGCAACCAUACAAUAAAAAAAACCCCCAAAAUAAUUAAAUAGAUGCAGAAAUUGGCCUGAUCUCCAUUUACAGCAGGAAGACACUGGCUUUACAUGGGUAUGCAAUUGCAGUGUAUGACAUUGGACGAUUAUUGUCGCUCUGCUCUGUCUUGCAUGGAGUACCGUACUAUGAUAAAAUGCAUUUUUACCUUUCCAUGUGCCUGAGGGCCAUUCACCUCUUUCUGACUUGCUACUAUCCCAAGUUGCUCAUUUCACAGUUCUGUUGAUGGGUGGGAGGAAAAAAAAGUCGCCCAUUGUAACUUAUUACAGGUUAAAUUAAACUGAAGAGCCUAGUUACCGGAUGGGAAGGGCAUAUAAAGGAAAUCAAGUUUAAUUUUAAAAAGUGUUAUUUUGUAUAAAUGGGUAGAAGGAGAAAGACUGGAUUAAGUUAUUAACGUUUUGGGGCCUGGAUAAUUAUGUCAGUGUAUAGCUGAUUCCAAUAAAUUAUUUAACUGAUAACUAAAAAUAGUAGUUGAAAAACAUUUGAAUUGUGCUUGAGGAAGUGGCAUUUUUAAAACAAAAACGCUGUUGAAAGGAAGCACUUCCAUUUCAAUGGGCUUGUGUCUGAUUAGAAUGUCGGUUAAGCGGCUAGAUUUGUGUACACACUACCGGUUUCACAUCCUUUCCAUCUGUUUGAUACAGUAUUAUAGAUAUAUAUAUUUCUCUGUGGCCAUUUGUGAUACGCCCUCAUAUACUUGAAUAUUAUACUUCUUUAUUCACAGUAUCUGUGUCUCUUGCACCCUUUGGUGUUGCAAUUUUAGGUAUGUAAAAGUAGAUGUUAGCAGGGUUUUUUUUCCCUAUUCAGAAAAAAAUACAUAAAAAGACAAAAACGUUUAGCAUGAAAUUGCUUUCUGUAACAACUAAAAGCCGUGACCCUGUUUUAGUGUCAGAUGCAAGUCUCUUCUGUGAUGCUAGAAAAAUUAUUCCUUUUCCCCACCCUCCUUUUUUCACCAAGACUGAUUUUGUGAGUUCCAGAUGUUUAGAAAAAGGGUUUCCAAAGAGGUGGGUUUGGAUUCUGGAUUUUUUAAAAUCAAAAACAGUUUGGUUUUAGCUUUUUUUUUUUAAACUUCUGUAGUAACAAUGAAUGUUGGAUUUAUUUCAUUGAAUUUUUUUCUUUUGCUAAAGUUGAAAAAAGUAUUGGGGUGUCAUUCCAUACCUUCAGUAGUGUCUUAUGUGUACACUCGGGCACUCUGGUAGUAUAGCAGUAAACACUGUAGAGAUGCCAAUAAAUUAUAAUUAAUAAAUUAAAUAGAUAGAUAAAACGAACUCCCUAGCCUGGAUCACCAAGGUGACUGAAUAGAUAAAUAGGGCAUCUUUAAAUCUCAACAAAGAAGCAGCAAGUGUAUGUUGACUAUAAAAAGUAUAAGAAAAGUGUGCAUAAACUUGCAGAGAGACACAUAAACAUCAGAUCUAAGGGAGUUACUUGUGAGAACUCCAACACAACAUUAUGGACACUAAGAAAACACUGCUGAAGGUAAUAUGGUGGUAUUACUCAUCAGUGGAUAACAAAUCUGCUGAUGUUAUGUACAGUAGACAUUAUAAAAUGACCAAUUUACACACUUGCAGAUUGUUGGCUCUCUUCCUUUUGAAAUCUCUAGCUAAUCUUUACACUGUCAACUGAGCUAGACAUGAAUUGUGUAUUAAGUCAACCUUGUGUAUUGGAAGCUUUUGAGUACUCUGUUCUUUUUAGUGUGUGUGUGUGUGUGUGUUGGGGAUUGAUCUGAAAAGAACAUAGAGAUGAUGUUUGUGUCUGCGCAGAAGAUUCUUAUAAUUAAUAGCAAAGGAUUCCACAGAAUUAAAUUUAGUAUUAAUCUGCACAAAUACUAAAGAGUAAAUCUUCAGUGUGGUGAAUGGAGAUUUUGGCCAAGCAGUUGUUCCCCGUGGCAUUAAGAUGAAUUAUAUGGCUCAAACUCCAUGCACCUUACUGAAGAUGAACUCCUAAAUAGCCCCACACAUCAACUCCGCAAAAAGCUUUUUCACACUCUAAAGCACGGAAUGCUGUUUGUAAGUCAGUUAUUUUAUACAAAAGACAUGGAGUUUAGCAACCAUCUAAAGUGCAUCAAGAGGAUUCUGAUUUCUGCCUUGUAAUUGCUGUACUGUUGCUUAGAAUAACCAAUGGGAAUUUACUUGGAAAUAAUGUUUGGUGUGGUCCAUAAAAAUGUCUUGCCAUUGUUUAAGAAAAACAAAAAGAGGAACAAGAACAGUAUUUCUGAUCAUGUUGCUCUCCAUCAAUUAAUGCAGAUGCGCCGUGCAGUGUUUUUAUUAUGCCUUUUGCCAAUGUUAGGAAGAGCCUAAGGUACUCUUCAGCCUCAGCUUCACUGAAGUUGAACACAGCUGGUCAGAACAGUAUUUAAACUAUGACUCAAGUACUUUUUAUCCUGCUUUUAAAAAAAAACAAAACCACAUUCUGUAGAUGGUGAAGUUUAGUUAUUGCACAUACACAUCCAAAGUCAAACUGAUGUAACACACCAAGUCAUUUACUUCAUGCUUUGAAAUGAGCUUUCUUGUCUUAAUUCAAGCAAAGUCCUUGUAAUCAAUAAUUGUCCUUCCAUAGAAAGAGUUCUAGAACUUUUGUGAGGAGCUAGAUGAAGAUAAAAGAAACCAAGAGUUUAUGUUAAAUAAAAUGCAAGUUACGUUACGCAACUCUAGAUAUUCACUGAAAAAGCUCAUAAGAAUCUUAACUUCUCAAGAAGAGUGUCAGUUUAAAAACUUUGCAAGCACUUAGUGGCCAUGUUCCAGUUUUCUGGAACCCACGUCUUUAACAGUGCUAUUCUGUUGGCAAGUUUAGCCCGUCAGUGACAUCUAAGAGCCAACUUCUCUCUAUUUGUAACAGUGAAUAAAUAGAAAAUUUAAAUUAAGCCAAAUCGGAUAGGCAUGGGAGAAUCAAAACUGAGUAUAUUUGUUGAGUUGUAGGACAAUGGAAAAGGCACUCUGGGUGUCUCUACAUCUGCAAAAUAUCUGUUUCUAUGUAAUCCUAGGCAGGAAGAAAUCCAGUAAAAGUUGAGCAGAACUUGGUCCAGCAACAAUGAAGGAGAAACUAACAAUGAUGAGGAUACUCCUGUGUCCACUAGACAACACAUAUUUUCACUGUACAGCAGUAAAUGGUAUUAGCCAGCUAACACUAUGUUAAUGUACAGUAGCAACAUUUCUUUCCUCAUUAUGACUGCUUGCAAAUAUAUAUAAACUGGCCUAUCUACACAACCCAAAGGGAGUUGAAAGGCGGUCUAUGUGGACUACUGUAUAUGAGAAAAGUUUUUGCUGGGCUGGACCAAAAUAUUUUCUGAAAAUCAAGUAUGAACAUCUCUUCAAAGACAGAUGUCUUUAAGUGUAGAUCACUUUUGUUAUAUAAAAUGAAGCAGAUAGAAUUUUAGCCUAGGUGUGUGUAGAGCUCACUCGCUCUUAGUAAUCUUACUCAAGCAAUGCCCUCGGCAGGAAAAUAAUUUACUUUCAGACUUAAAGGUCAGGCAAAAAAGCCACUUCAACUUUAGCAAAGAGAAAAAAGAAACAAAAAAAAUCAUAUUCUGUAUGCUGGGAUUUGGAGGAAUACAGUCUGCCGUUACAAACCUGUGUUUUUUCUGAUAAUUCUAGAGCCUGUUACCAUAAAGAGACAUUUCUUGAAUGGCUGGUGGUAGUUAGUUCAUGUUUUUCAAUCCAAUUUGCAAUUGUAUUUGUUGCUGUAUAGUGAUUGUUUUGCAAAAUAAAAUUGCUUGUCAUCUAA